AUGAGGCCGGCCUUACGUCACGAGGGUGUGAUCAGCCCAGGGGUUCACUUCGCAAUUUUAGCGCGAUUGGACUUCAUAUUUCAUUUCGUGUUUUGUCUGUGCGCGCCUGAUCACGACCUUCACCUGGAGAGAUAAUGGAGAAUCACAGGCAGCCUUCGAGCUAGCUUUAACCUGGCUGCUUUAUCCGACGAAAUAGGAGAUGUCCUCGCUAGCUAGCUCGGGUUGUGUCUAACUGAAAGGUUUGCUGUAACACGGAGUCACAGGCACAUCUGGACCGAGAGCCAUGCAGACGUUUUUGCGGGGUAAACGCGUGGGCUACUGGCUCAGCGAAAAGAAGAUGAAGAAGCUGAAUUUUCUGGCUUUCGCAGACAUGUGCAGGAAAAGGGGCAUCGAGGUGGUACAGCUUGAUCUGAGCCAGCCUCUGGAGGAGCAGGGCCCGUUAGACGUCAUCAUCCACAAGCUGACCGAUCUGAUUCUAGAGGCGGACCAGAACGACACACAGGCUCUGUUAUUGGUUCAGCGUGUACAGGACUACAUAGAUGCUCACCCUGAGACCAUAGUGCUGGAUCCACUACCAGCCAUCAGGACACUGCUUGACCGCUGCAAGUCUUACCAGCUGGUUCACCGAAUAGAGGCCUGCAUGCAAGAUGAGAGAAUCUGCUCUCCUCCUUUCAUGGUGUUGAACAGUGAGUGUGGUCCAGACACGCUGGAACAGAUCAAGCAACAUGGUCUUACAUUCCCCUUCAUUUGCAAAACACGAGUAGCACAUGGAACCAACUCCCAUGAGAUGGCCAUUAUCUUUAGUGCUGAGGAUCUGAGGGAUGUGAAGCCCCCGUGUGUUAUUCAGAGCUUCAUCAACCAUAAUGCUGUGCUCUAUAAGGUGUUUGUGGUGGGUGAGUCUUACACUGUGGUGGAAAGACCCUCCCUGAAGAACUUCCCAUCUGGCCCUGCUGACCGAAAAGCUAUUUUCUUCAACAGCCAUAAUGUGUCCAAACCAGAGUCAUCCUCAGACCUUACAUCCCGAGAUAAUGUAGAGGGUGUGUCCCAGCCACCCAAUGAUGAUGUCAUUAGGAAACUGUCCAGAUCUUUGCGACAGGCUUUGAGAGUUUCACUCUUUGGCAUCGAUGUUAUCAUCAACAACCAGACAGGCCAACAUGCAGUCAUUGACAUCAAUGCUUUCCCCGGGUAUGAGGGUGUUCCAGAGUUCUUCACUGACCUCCUUAACCACAUCACCAGUGUGCUCCAAGGUCAGUCUUCCAUUGACCAUCCUUCUCUGCCACUGGCUUCACCCCCCUCAGCGGCAUUAACACCACCAGUCACAGAGGAGCGGAGCGGAGCCCCUUCCCAAGAUUGCUGCAGCCUGUUAGAGGAAGAUUCAGACAAGAGCAGCAGCAGCGCAUGGAUCUUGGAGGGGGACGAAGGACUGAAGAGUCCAUGCCAGAGACUGGGUUGCAAUUCAGCAGUGUCACCCAACUUCCAACAGCACUGCGUGGCCACUAUUGCCACUAAAGCCUCCUCACAGUGACCACCACCUUUCCCUCUGCUGAACAAAACAAGAACAGAGUAAAUAACAACAAAAAAUGAUAAUAGAUAAUAUUAAAGCGGUAUCCGUAAUCAGAAAUAAACCUUUUACUAUAGUCGUUGAUAGUGUUAAUUAUAGGGUGAUGGAUUCCUUAUACCUUUUGUGUAUUUUCUUUUUCCAAGUCUAACACUCAGUACUGUAAAAAGAAUUCAGUAUUGAUUAACAGAUUUGUUGUUCAUAUUUGUUUUAAAAUGUUUUUUAUUUAGAAGCAUUGUGAAGAAUGAGAGGAAAUGAGUUUCAUGCAAGGUAUUGGAAGGGAUCGUAACUGUACACCAUUGGUUUGAGCAGAUUGAGGGUUUUAAUGAUAUGUUGGUUUGCCAGUGGAUGUGUACCUGUAAGUCAGUCCUGUAACUUUCAACAGCUUUAUACUUCAUGUCAAUCCAAGUGUCAGUCCUAUACUAUAAUGGUCUCUGAUGUGUUAUUGAACGUCUCCCCGUCAUGUCCCAACCAAGAAGAGCAAUUUUGAUAAAAUAUAAGUUCUUGUAAGGGAGAAUUACAUUUAUUUCACAAAACAACAUUCACUCCGUUAGUGGCUGUGUAUUUCAACUCUAGAUUUUUAGCUUAGCAGUUAAAUUUUACCUGCCUUGGUAAAACAUAACGACACCUGAUGUUCCACUGUUUGCCUUUCCUUAUUUUGUGAUGAUCCAAGCUUGGGAAUUGCAAUGACAAGUGUCAUUAAUGUUUGGAUUGUGUUCUGAGAUGACAAAUGUGAAAAUUGAAAGUGCAUUUUCUGUGUGCAUUUGUGCAUGCAUGUGUCUAUGGGUGUGUCUCUGACCAGAAAUUCUUGCAUUCCAGUAUUUUGGAUGUGGUCUGGUACAGUUGUUUUUUGAAUUGUAAAUUUUUAUAACCACAUCCCCUUAAGUCCCAGAGUUAGAGUUGUUAUCUGGUGACUGUAGAUAUUGAGGUGUUUUUGUCUUUUUAAAUAACACAGAAAAGGUAUGUUUUUGAGAAAUCAUACAUGAAGGCGAUUAUUAAUGCCUAAUCCUAUAACCAUUCCUGUUUAGAUUAUCAAAAAUUAUAUUUAAUUUAUAUACAGUCUUUAUACUAAAAAGUGACUAACAAAUCCAAAUGAUUUAGAUCUGGUUAUUUAAAAAAAUAAUUAAGAAAGUUAGGAUAAAAAGUUAGGAUUGCUGUUUUUUUUUUAUGGAAGCUUGUAUUCUGACAAAUAGUGAUUAUGAUAAUUAGCUUUUUGACCCCCUUUUGGAAACACUUACUUGACUUUGAUUAAGCGAAUGCAACCAGUGCAAAUGGUUUACCUGAAAUAAGGGCAUUUCUUAGAUAAGUGCUACAGACUUAAAAGACUUUAUGUAAAAUGCACCAUCUGGUUGAUGCAUGUUCACAUGAUCACAUGAUUUUAUAAGCUUAUGUUCUUUUGGUAUACAUGUUUAUUAGUGAAUUUCUUGGUGCUCGUCACUAUAUUGAUUUUAUUUAGCAGAGAGGAAACUAAAAUCAUUUCAAAUUUUUUGUUUUUAAUCAGAUCAAUAGAUUGGUAGUUGAUUAAAAUAUAUUUUAUUUUUUGCCAUCGAAGAUUACAUUUAAAAGGGAAAUAUAGCAAUUUAGUUUUAAAAUUGAAUAUGGGCAUUUUUAGUUGUAUUAUUAUUAUUGUUGUUAUACUAGUGCAGUCAGCAAUGUCUGAAGAGACAGUUUGACAUAGUACCAGGGGAAUUUUGCAAAUCUAUGAUAUUAAUUGCAAAACUAUGAUAUUGAUUUUACUUUUUGCUUUGUCAAAUCCUAUUCUUGCAUCAGGAACUGGUUUGGGUCACAGAUGUAAAUUUGUAUUUGAAGAACCUUGCUACAGUACAUCCACUGACCUUUUUUGGGAAGAUGGUAUAUGUUGAUCUUUCCUUCACCUUUAGAUGUCCAUUUUUAAAAGUCAAACAUCUUUUCCUUUUUUAUUCAGUGUAUACCAAAAUGCUAAGCACCUUUGCACAGACAAUAAUUUAAAAUUUCAGUCUUUAUAGUUUCCUUUAUUGGAUGGUGUUUAGUUUCUGCUGGGUGGAAUACCUGCCUAUCCAAUCAACAUAUUAAACUUGACAUGGUUGUAGACAUGAACUGAGUGCAGUUGUGGUUUAAUGUAUAUGAAUACAAAUGAUUGGAACAGCCUUUAUUUGGUUGAUAUAAGGUGAAAAUGAAAAUUGCCCUGAAAAUGGCCCGCUUCUUCAACCUGUGUACUGGAGAGGAUGCGACAGCUUUGUACACUGCUCUACUUUGUCUCUUAAUUGUACACUCGCAUUUAUUGUGCUUUGACAUGGGAAAAUCACCUACUCAAUACUCCAACUCUUCAAGUUCUCUUGAAAUCCACUUGAAUGUUUACUUAGAAAUGUUAUAUUAUAUAAAUAUAUUAUAGCCUUUGUAUGUAUACAGUGCACAAACCCUCCUACACCUGCGUACAUACCUUCGUUCAUAGAGAACGUCAUGUUAACAUUGUGUUUUGUAAGUUUAAAAUCAAAUCUACACUUUGUGAUUCCUUUUAGAUAAAAGAUUUUAAAAAUG